CCUUUGCGGGGCGCGGACGUGACGUGCUCGGAGUUUGAUUUAAUAAUAAUAAUAAGAAAAAAACAAUCGCCGUGCGUUUGGAAACAGUGUUUUUGUUUGACCAUUAGUGCCAUACGAUCUGGCGUCCGAAGCGAGUUCGCCUAAAACCAUCGCUGUGUUGUUUUACACAUGGAUUAACGCGAAAGCGGAAUGCUCUAAAGAAGGCGGGAGUGCCAUCAAUGGCUUGACAUGAUGUUCAGAACGGCGUCAGUCGAGGGCUCCGGGCCGAGGACGCCGCCCGCCUACGUCCCGCACCCCCCGUACGUGCCCCCCCGUUUCUUCCCGCCCAGGAUCAGACCCCCGCCCCCGCAGUACUGCUUCGACGCAGCCCGAUUCGCCUGCGACGCUUCCAAGCCGCGAUACUUGGACGUUGAAAGAGAACGGCUGGUCACGAGAUGGUUGGCUGAAGCUAACGAGGCUCUGGUUCGCCGCGAUCGACCUCCAAGGUACAAACCGAGGAGCAGCGAGCGAAGACCCGACUUCCUCGACAGGCGACCGGUCCCGGAGUGGUCUGAUAACUUUCUGCUCGGCAGACGCAAUGGUUCCGUGGAGCCGGAGGACGAUACUAGUGAAGUGAUGACGUUAAAAGACUUUGUGGAUAAGUUCUCUCUGCCUCGUGUUGUAAAGUUCGAAGGCGAGGAUAGGCCAGUGCUGUUGUAUAGAGUGUUGGAGGCGCACAGGAGAGUGGAGGCGGUACCGUUGUCCGGGAAGAAAGGGAAACUGGUCGGGAAGCCGUUGUAUAUACCGGAUUCUUAUGAUGGUUGGUUUUCAGCUUGUGGAUGUCGCGGCGGUGCCCUGGCGUCGCCCCGGGGCUCCAUAGCUGCAUUACUGCGAGCGCGAGCCUUCGCCAUGGUCUCGCCGCGGGCCAUUUCGGCCUACAGAGCGCGGCCAGCCUCAGAUAAUGGCCGGAUCGGGGCGCAAUACGAGCGCUCAGCCGCGAGACCUGGCACUCCUCUGCGGCUGGCCGGAGUGUUCGCUGACGGAAGCAAGGCUAAAGCUCCAAAGUACGCGCAGCUCAUCGACCCACAAGGGAAUGAGCUCUUCGUGCCGAUCAAUACUAAAGGGGAACUGUAUGAGGUCUGUCCCGAGGAGCUCACUCCGGCAGAGUGGGAGAACGGCGAAGUACCAGUGUCACCUCCACCUCCCGAGGCUGGCACGAAGGCGCAUCGUUUGCCGCACCUGUUGAGCCUGUGGCGGCUGCCGACCAGGGUACGACUGUUGGCGGGAACGGUGCCCAUCGAAAUGGCACAUGAUGUCGGAGAAGACCUCCUGCUGCGGGCGGCGGUGACUGAACCAGUCCUGGUCAUGUGCAGUCUUCCCGAGUACGGUUCGAUACUAUCGAGCCCUAGUAAACAAGUCGACCCACGUUACCACGCCAAAGAGGCAUUGCGACUACUACCUCUCAAUGGCGACAUCAGAGUCCGCCGCACGCAGCUCGGCUUCGAGAACGAGAAGCGAAUGUUCCUCUCCGCUCGCCUACAAAAAGCUCUAACCUUCUGUCAACACAACGUUGACAACUGGAUCAGGCAGAUCUCCUACGCGAACUCGUCCGUCAUCGGCAAAGCGAAGACAGCUGAAGACAUCAUGAAAGAAGACCAGGAGCCGGUCAAAUUUGAAAAGGAACGAAAAUUCACACUGCAAGGCCUGAAGAUCGAUCCUUCCAGACUGUUCGGUAAAAGUGAAAAGGUUCUAAAAGACAUACCCGACGAAACCGAAGGAUCCAUUAUAUUUUUAAGUAAAAACGAACUCGAGCACAUGAACUACGAGAUGUAUAGCGAUGACGAGGUAAAAGAUAACAAGAGCGACGAUAAAACAGAACAAGAGGGUUUCUCCAAUGAAAAAAUGCACGUCUUUCGAGAAGAUUCCGGACAGAAGAAAAGCAAGUGGUUUAAAAAUUUAAAACGCCUGAAGAGCGCCGAGAAACUUGCAGACGAUAAGGUAUCGGCGAAUCAAAAACCAUCCGAAAUACGGGAUCCAUUCGAUCGACUCGGAGAGAAGCAUAGUUCUAUUGAGCGGUACCAGGACAUGGCAAAGUUGAUAGAGGAUAGGUUCGGUGCGUCGAGAAAAAGCGACAGUACGGCCGAGAAUAGCCAUUCAUAUAAAAGUUUAACAACGUCGUCCUCCGAAAUGGGAACUAGUCAAUGUAGCUCAAAUCACAAGAAACCGGUGCUCACAAAAUCAGUUUCGGUUCAAACCGGAAUGCCUAAUAGCUCCGAAGACGACAACAAUGAAAUGAACAUGAAACACGGAAGAAAGAACUUGAGUGUGGACCAAAUAAAUUAUUGCGGGUCCAUGGAAAGCGACACUAGUUCGGGCAGAAAGCUGAAGUCUCUCGACGAAAACAUGCUAAAGAAAUCAUCGGCUACGAAGUCAUCCUCGAAUUUGGAAAGGCGCCAGAGGAUCCAGCCAGAUUUGAUACCGGAAAAGGCUAUCGUGAAAUCGGAAUCAUACAAUCAAAUUCACAGCUGCGAAGACAUCAAUAUGUACGGAGCCGGCUCUUUGUUUAACGAUAGCGAAUUCGAAAUAAACUACAAGCAGCACUCGUUCAUAACCGACAAACUCUGCUCCGAGUUCCACGUCAAGACAAAGAAGGUUCUGAGCAAGUCCACGUCUAAUUUACUGCAUCCUAAGAAAACGAACGAUAAGAAAGAAGGCAGUAACAGCAACAGCAUGCCGACGAAAACUGAACGCGGCAGUGACGCUGAGAGAUUUAACUUCAGAAAGAAAAUAGACAAACCGCGGGCUCCGACCCCGAAAUCGGAGGAGGAAGACGCGCUAGUCGAUAUUUCAGAAACGCAAACAAAAGUUAGAAGAUCCAUAUCGUCCAUACAGAAACGGAAGUUACCUGUGAUAGAGGAUCUGCCGUACGGUCAAGUAGCCGACGCGGUCGACGUCGAUGAAGAACCAAUCGAAGCCGACGGUAUAUCCGAUAAUAUAUACGCUGAAAUAUGUCCACCGAAUCAUAACAAAACGGACAAUGACUACGACAUGAACAUAGACGUGCUGGCCAACGAUCCCGUUAUACGUAACGUUAAAAAGGAAGUGAUCACAAGAAACGAUGAAAGAGCGAGACAGAUGAUGAUCGAAAACCAAGAAAAUCCCUUCAGGCACAUCGAAGUGGUCGUUAUAGAGAAAACUGACUUCGAACUUGACGAUUCUAGUGUUACGUCCAGUGAUAUAGAAGAUAGGCCGGCUGUAUCCAUAGUAGAUUCGUGGGAGAGGGAGAACGAUGCUAGCAAGGUCCACGCUAUUCGCUUAGAAAUAACAUCUCACGAAUAUACAAACGAAUGUCAGAGUAUUGACGAUUCCGAAGUAGUUCUAAGUAAAGAUUCGUUGAGUUUUAGUAAUAGUAUACAUUUGAAUGGCAAUUAUCCCAACGAAGCCAUUUAUGAUACGUUAAAAUAGAAAAAGGAAACAUGAUAAAGAAAAAAAAAGCGAUUGAAAAAUUUAGUUUUAGCAUUGAAAAUUAUCGAAGUAUGAAUACAGCUGUGUGAAAUGUGAUAUUACGUGUAUUUGUUUUGUGUUCGUUUCAUUAGAUCAGUUAUAGAUGAGUGGGUCGUAUCAAUUCAGUAUCACGUGAAAAGUCAUAGAGUAGAGUUUUGUGUUUAAUUUUUUUUUUUGACAGUGUUGUUUUAGUGAAGUUCAUCUCCACGGUUUUGUGAAAGUCGUGUGAACGCGGGGUCUUAAGCUUUUCGUGUCGUCAGAGCGAUUUGUAGACUCUGUAUAAGUGUUCCGUGUAUAGUGAGGAUUUUGUUAUUCAAUUUUGCGUCCAUCAAAAUUAUCAUCUGAGACGGAUCUGUUGUAACUAGUUCUCGUCUUUGAAAAUAUUUCAAAUUUAAUUUAAAACAGUGGUCUUAAUUCGAUACGUUAAUCGAAUAACGAAACUUAAGGAACUGACGAACAAGGGUAAUUUCAAUGUAUUUGUAUACACAACACAUUAAGCAUCAUUAAAUAUGAAUAAGAAAUUUGUAAAAAUUCAGCACUGAAGGCUUAUAGGGCAAAAUGAAUUCACUUUCUACCUUUUAGUAAUUUCAAUUUUUAUUAAUCAAUAACCUCAUAACUUAAAAGGUGCUCAAUUAUAUCGGUAGUAAAUUCACUGAGUUGUUUGAUCAAUUAAUAUUUUCAAGCGCCUUAAUUUAGCAAUGUAUUCACUAUCACCGCUAGAUGGCGCUGUCCUCAAUAAUUACUAUUAAUUUUAAGUACAUUAGAAUUGUAAUUUUUAAUACCCUAAAAACACAGUGCACGAUCUUGGUGCUAAGCAAGGUGCUCCUAUUUUAUAUACAUAUGCCUAUUUUAAUAAUAAAUAUACACCUACCAGUUUCAUUAUUUUUUUGUAAGGAAAGGAUUGGUUCAAUGUAUAAACAUAGAGACUACAAUGUAUUUCUUCUAACUUGCGUACAUUGCGUUCAAGAUUUGAUAUUCUGUGAAAGUCCGUGGACCUCAAGCUGUCCAAGGAACAGUUAUUUUGCCAUGUCACAGAAAUUAUUAUUAUUUUAAUUAUUUUCGAAAGAAGACAAGGCUAUGGCUCAACUAAGGUUCAAUGGUUACUGUUGUUCAUACACGUCAGUAGUUAAAAGUAUAAGUACAUUAGUAGCAGAAUCCUCACCUAUUUACUAGAUAACCCCACCGCUCCUAUCCCAGCAUAGGUCCGUAUCAUCAUCUUCAUACCAUCAUGCAGCGAGCAUAGGCUUAGGUUUGAAUAGUAGACAGUCUAUUAAUGCAGCCUAAAUCUCUAUCUUCAAUCAAACAUAAAUGUCUGCACUUAGCUUUUAAGAUCAGGUAAACCUCAAAAAACUCCUUUGUUGAUGUCAAGAAAAAUUGUAUUAAAUAGAUUUUAAAAUCCGAAUAUAGAAACACUGUCUGGCGAUAAA